AUGGGCGUACCAAACCACAACCUUGACGCCCUCGAGCAGCAGCGCCUCACACUUGAAGACAACAUUCUCCAACUCCAGAAAUCACUCUACCACUGGCGGACCUGGGAAGCAGAGUACGACGGCCUCCGAGAAGAGAUUGGAAAUCUCGAAGAUGACGCCACACCCGAUGAUAUCCUCACUGUGGGCCGCGAAUAUGGAGGGGCGUUGGUAGACGAGAAGGAAAUGCGCGCGCUCCUCGGGAAAGAAGACAUGACGCGCUCUCCCGGACAAGUGGUAGACCUCCUGGGGCGACGGAUCGACUACGUCAAACAGAACAUUGCUACAAUGGAGAAGAGGCUACGCGCGGCGGAAGAUGAGUUGUACGCCAUGGAUACAAGGGACCAGUGGCCUGCGGACAGUGGCGCGGAAUACCCCAUGAGAGAGAUCAUGGAGGAGCUCGAUGAGGAGGGAAGAGUCGUCUCCAGCUCAAUCAAUACGCCCGGAGAUCAGGCCUCGCAACUCUUGGGGGUGCUGAAGAAGGCUGGCGUUAAAGAUAUCCCGGAUACGGAGAAUAAAAAAGCCGAUGCUACCACGGUCUCUGCCGCGCGUGAAGACCAGGCUGCCCCGGCUGAAUCCGCGGGUGAAAAGAAAAAAGACGUUGCAUCUAGUAGCCAGCCUACGGUCCCGGAUACAAACUUUGCUACUGGCGACGACAACGUGGAUGUCUCCCGUCCUGUGUCCCUUGUAACAGAGGAAGACCGCGAAGAGCCACCGGUGACCGAUGUUGACGAGUCCCCCGAAGAAGCCAAACUACGACGUGAAAUGCUACAGUAUGGGAUUAACGAGGUGGGCGCAAUUGUUGCGGAGCUGGAACUGGACGAGGGCGGCAGUGAUGUGUCUAUUGACGAGGACUACGACUAUGAGACUGAUGAAGAUGAGAACGAAGACGAAUUUGGCCGCUCCUACCCCGUGCUGACGGAAGAAUACCAUCAGCAGAUGCGGGAGCUGGAGGCGAAAUUGAACGCCAGGGGAAUGUGGAAUAUGGGCAAGGAUGCACAGUCGUUCCCCAAUGAAGUGAAACAUGAGAUUGAAGACCUCUCUGUGGUUGAAGACAAGCAGCCCCAGAACAGCAUCAUGGCCUCCGACAAAGGCAAGAAGCCGAAGAAGAAGGUCGCAUUUGCCGAUGACCUGGACAUUGCGCCUGCGUCUGCGUCCAAGGCCCCGGUCGACAACGAUACCCUUCCGCCACAAACCAACACGCCGGUGCUCUCGGACUCGAUCGUGGAGCGUACGGAAAGUACCCAAGAGGCCCGCCCCGCCGAUCCCCCGAGGAAGGUCUCGCGGUUCAGAAGCGCUCGAAAUGCGACUUCUGACAGCAACCCAAAUGGCGAAUUAUCCGCUGCGGCAACCGCACCCACCAAACCCUCCAAGUUUGCCGAGUCCAGCGCUGCCCGCAAGCAAACCAACACGACUCCAUCCUCAGUGCCACCGCCCUUGUUUCCCGCCACGCCAAAGGAGCCUAAACCAUUCUCCACUCCGAUAACAGAUGUCACCGACCGCCCUUCAGCGCCUCAGCCGCCCCAAGGGAAAACGCUAGCCGAUAAAUUGGUUGAGCGGGAUGUUAUCCAAGGAUCAGCCGUGGCCCCAGAGAUAGACGACGUGGACGAGGAAGCCCACUGCCGGGAGAUCGCCUCCGAGUUCUACAGGAUGCGCAAUCACAUGGCGCGGCAGAAUGGCGGUACUGAAGAGAAUGAUGAAAAAGAGCUCUUUGAACCCGAGGACCCGCCCAAGCGGGUGAGCAAGUUCAAAGCCUCUCGAAUGGCAUAG